AAUAAGCUGCAGAACUCAACCAAGCCAGAGCUAGUGCAGUGUCUCUCUCGCUUUACCAACCGCUUCCUCCUCUCUCCUUGGAUUCCACUCGUCCUCGGAGCAGUUACCCCGGCCUCCCCGCCUCCCCACCGCCGCCUAGGGCUGCCCCGGUUCCCCCCUUUGCGCCCUGCUGCACCCGGAUUUCACUGUCCGCCGCCGCUGUACCGCUUCGGGAAGGCUCUCAUCUGAGCGCCGGCCGCCGCCGUGGCCGUUUCUUGGGUUUGCCGGGUUCUUGCGCUCGUCAGUGCAAUGCCGGACCUAACCCUGCCCGGGGCUAGGGUUCUUGGCCCGGAGCUCGCUCCGCGUUGAAUUUUUGAAGGUUAGGGGAGGGAAAAGGGUUCGGAUUUCGAGGCGUUCUUGGUUGCGUGCUUGUCCCCGGAGGGGAGAAUCUUGCGUUCUUGGAGGGGGUUUAACCCUACGAGGAGGGUAAUUUUUCUACAAGUGAUUAUUAUUUUUUGCUCGGUUCUUGAGGAGCUCAAAUUGAGAACCUGGUAAAGUUUGAAUUUUUGGGCGGUAAAAACUCGGGGGUUGGGCGGAAAUGGCUUCCAUGGCCGGGGCGCCGAGGGUUCGAUCCCUGAACAUCACCGCGCCGGAGGCGGAGGCGAGGCCGGUGCUGGUGCCGGGAGGCAACAAGGCCAGGUCGAGCCCGAGAAACGCCCGGAAACCUUCGCCGAAGCCGCCGCGGAAGGCGGAGGCGGCGGUGGGGACGCCGGAGAAACCUGCUGCAAAGGAGGAUGACGGCCCUAAGAGGAAUGCUGCCGGUGGAGGUGGUGUUGCUGGCGCCGGCAAGGGCGCGUCCCCCCUACCGUCGCCAAGGCGCACGCCAUCGGGUCCACCGCCGAGGAGGAACGACGUGCCAACGCUGCCAAGCUUGUCGCUCAGUGCGUCUUGCUCCUCGGAUGCCUCCACGGAGUCGGCCCGCGUCCAGGCUUCCGCUGGAAGGGUGGAGAGGAGCCGGUCUGCUAGGCCGGCUGUGCCGAAGCGUGAGAAGGCUGUGGGCAAGGUGGUGGAGAGCAAGCCGGCCGGUGUGGAGAUUGCUGCUCCGGCGACGCCCGAGGCUGUGGAAGGGAAGAGGAGGUGCGCGUGGGUGACUCCAACUACCGAUCCUUGCUAUGCCACUUUCCAUGAUGAGGAAUGGGGGGUUCCGGUACACAAUGACAGGAGAUUGUUUGAGCUACUUGUACUAUCUGGUGCAUUGGCUGAGCUUACAUGGCCUGAAAUUCUCAAGAGGAGGCAAAUUUUCAGGGAAAUUUUCAUGGACUUCGACCCUGCUGCUGUCUAUAAAAUAAAUGAGAAGAAGCUUGUGGCACCUGGAAGCAUUGCCCAUUCUCUUUUGUCAGAGCAAAAGCUCCGAGCUGUCCUCGAAAAUGCUCGCCAGAUACUCAAGAUUGCUGAUGAAUUUGGAUCCUUCGAUCGAUACGUUUGGGGUUUUCUGAACCACAAGUCUAUUGUAAGCAAGUUCCGGUAUCCAAGGCAAGUUCCUGUCAAGAGUCCCAAGGCAGAUAUAAUCAGCAAAGACAUGGUUCGAAGGGGAUUCCGAGGCGUGGGCCCAACAGUCAUAUAUUCCUUCAUGCAGGCAGCAGGGCUAACGAAUGAUCACCUUGUCAGUUGCUUCCGGUUCAGCGAAUGCAAUGCCCCUCCAACUCUUUCCACGAGUGUAACUGAUAGGGUAAAGAUGAAGGCAGAUCUGAAAAAGUAUGAGAUGGCAACAAUGAUUUGUUGUGAGGAGAUCACCACUAACGCAGAAAUGCCAAGGAUCGAUGCUCUUAUCGUUUCUUAAGAUCAUGCAGAAUAGCAAUGUGGCUAGUGUACUUGUAUUAUUUCUAUGUAUGUUGUGUGCUAGAUUACCCUUGAAAUGAGCUUAGAAAUCAAAAUGCUUGUUUAUAAAUGAUUUGUGUUAGGAAUGCAACUCGGUUUGUACAUUGCUAGCGGAGAUUGAUCUUUUCUACUGAUGCAGAAAUUGUGAAAUCACUCUUGUCAAUCAUUCAGCAGUUUCUCGUGAUCA